AAUCAAAGGUUACAGGGAGUGGAGUAAACAAAGACUGUUGAGAAGGCUGCUGGAAGUGGAGAAGAGGCUGCAGGACAGCAGACGACACACCCAGCCAGCACAGAGCAGCGGCCGAUUGGAUCAGGAGGGCCAAGCCACGCCCAUGGAUAGUCUGGGGUUUACCAUGGCAACAGAGGCAGUAGUCUCCGUGGGAACAAACACUGAAGAUGGGAAGGAGGUUUCAAAUUUGAGGAAGCGCCUCAACCAGUUGGAGAAGGAGAGGGCGAAGCUUCAAGAGAUGCUGUCAAGUAGAGAUGAUGAACUGAGACAACUCGGGACAGAAAGAGAAGAACUGGAGAAAAAAACAGAAAGAUGGAAGGCUGAACAGACAAAACAGUGGGAGAAAGAGAGACAGCACCAAAAACAGGAGUUGGAGCAGUUGUUGGUGAGGAUCCUAAUUCUGGAGGAAGACAAAAUCAAAACCGCACAAGCUGAACACUCCUCUCUCUCUGCCACGAUGGCAAAGGACCAAGAGGACGUCCGAGGCAGAUCAGGUCUGAAGGAGGGCGAAGAGUGUGACACUGGGGGUGGAAAGAAGGAUGGGCAAAGAGAUGUAGAGAAGAAGAGGAGUAAAAAUAGACCACCUAAAGAAAAAGAGGAAGCAGCAAGGGUCAUCCAGAAAAACUGGAGGGAGUAUAGAAAUAGGGACAUUGUUAUGGUGCAGUCAGCAUUAAGAGGCCACCUCCUCAGAGAGUCACAGCUCAAGGACCUGCCGAAAGACACACAGAAUAAGGCUGAAGAAGCACCAAACCACAGUGAUGUAGUUUCCUCUGUAGGAGACAUGGAUGUUGGUGACUUGACGAUGAUACAGUCUGCACUCAGAGGACACCUGGCUCGUUCUAGUCUCACAAUGGAAAGCCCAGUGUUCUCUGUGCCUUCUUCAAUGGGACAAAGUUUGCCCAAGCAGGUGCCAGGAGGAGCUCACUCAACAGACACACCCAGCAGAACAGGUGCUGCAUCCCUCCAUAAUGAUGAGAAAAGGUGGGGUGGUGAAGGAAAUCCACAGCCUGUUUCUGGCACUCAUGCCUUAACGCCCACAGCAGACCAGUCAGAGCUCCACUGCACAGCCGAGUCUAGAGGAGCUGCUGCUGGGGAUUCUGACGAUUCAGAUGACAUCAUUGUGUCCCCAUCACGUCCUCUCAGAAGUAGAGAAGGCUUGAUCUCAUAGACCUGAGUUGUGUGAGUUACUGUGUGUGUGUGUGUGUGAGAAAGAAUAGGUAGGAAGAAUGUCUACCUGUGUUUUUAGUCAGAGGUGUAAGGUCCAGUCCAGGUUCUUAAUUAACCUGCAAACAAUAGCUGGGAUAUUCCAAAAUUAUUCAGGGUAGUAUGGAACAUAGACAAUAUUUGCUGUUUGCCAAUUUUGUUGCCUGUGUAGCACUACCACAGUAAUAACUAGGGAAGUCGGUGUCAGAAUACAUUGAUGCAUCCAAUGUCUUGACAGAAUGACUGCUAAGUCUAAAAGCUUGGACCUUGGAUGCUUUUUUGGCAACGUGGAGGAUAAGGCACUUGUGCACUGGAAAUGAGUAUUUUUAAUUUGGAUUUAUUCUUUAGUUUGAAUUCUUCUUUUGUAGCCUAUCAUUGGAGCAACUUAUUCUCAGUGGUUGUUCUCUUUUACAAAGUGCCUACUGCAUGGAUAUUUAAAAGCAAAUCGCAUUAGCAAAUGUAUGCAUUUCUCUCAACCUGACUCCAAGUUAGCCACAUCACUGUAAAGUCCUUUGUAUUUCACAGCCUUGAAAUAAUCAUUUUGACAUGGCUUAUUUGUAACACACAAACAACAGUACAUUAAUGUGUCAUGUAUGUUUAAGUUGUGGCUAAUUCGGAGGUAUAAUUGAGGAAUGACUCUCAGUUGAUGCACUAAACUGUGAAUAAAUUAUAGAUCGUUCUGCUGCAAUGCUAAAACACACUGUCAGUACAGUGGAGGAUACACAGAGAGUGUGAAUAAUGUCUGUGCUCUGAAAUCGACAAUUGGUAACAUGGAAAAAUAGUUGACAAAGAAAAUGGAUGAGUACAGUUUUCUCCACGUAAUGUGUGUAAUUUCUCAGAGACAUUCAAUAAAAUACUUUUUAUAAUGAA